CAAGCAAGAUAAGAGACACUACCACACAGUUUUGUUUCUCAAAAAUCAUGAAGAAAUCACUCCCCACAUGCUUCAAUGAAAUUGAACAAAUGGGGAUAGCUUAAAUACUCCUGUCAAUACAGGAAAGCCUUCCAAAUGGGAGAUGAGGGCAGAGAAGAGUAAGUUAAUGGAAUUCAGCACGAGAAUAGCUUAAUCAAUUUGUUUGAAUGAAUGAGAUGAUUAUGUCUCUGUAUAUGGCCACACACCAGAUUCCAUAUAUUUCUGAUUGAAGCUAAUAGGCCCCUUGCAACAAGGCAGCACAUGGUUAUGCCUAUUUCCUCUACAACUUUAAAUAGAUCACUUCCAUAUGCAUUUCGAUCAUCAAACACUGCAAUUCAGUCUAACCAAUUUCCAAGGUUUCUACACAUCUUGUUCUCUUCCAUUCAAUUCCUCUCUCUCUCUCUAUUUUCUAAGUUAAUACCAUGAUCAGCUCCAAGAAGCUCAUCAAGCUCGUCAAAAGAUGGCAAAAAUUUGCUGCCAUCCGAAGAAAGAGGAUAUCAUUUCCAAGACUAAAUGAUGACGCAAAUAGUUGCAGCACUUCCACUGCAGUAAACAAGGGUCAUUUUGUUGUCUACACAGCUGAUCAGAAGCGGUUUGUUGUCCCUCUAUCUUAUCUCGAGAAUGAGAUCAUUAGGCAACUCCUAAGCAUGUCUGAAGAAGAAUUUGGACUUACAAACGAUGGGCCUAUUAGGCUACCAUGUGAUGCAGUCUUCAUGGACUACAUCAUUUCGCUUCUUAGCCGAGGUUUAUCCAGAGAACUUGAGAUUGCAUUACUCAACUCAGUUACUUCAUAUCGAUGCUCAUCCGCUCCACUACACCAAGAAGGGUUGAGAAAUCAGGAAUUGCUAGUUUGCUGAUAUUAAUCUCAAUAAGUUUUGUGAAUGAGGAUAUUAGUUGUAGCUCAAUACAUGAUGUGAAAUGUACAUAAAUCCAAUACAGCAUUACUUGAUAAUCAAUAUGCUCAGUAGUCUUAUGAAAUUCAAAUAUAUCCAUUGCUUUCAAAUUC